UUUACCUUAUUAUAAUGUAAAUUAUUAUAAACAAAAUCUGCAUUGAUUUGCUAGCAGAAUGGCGGAAAUUAACAACCAUUCCACUCAAGAAGAGCAGCACCACAAUGAACUGAAUGAGGUGAAGAGAAGUCUGGAAGGUUGGAGAGAAGUCCUUCUUCCACUAAAUGGUCUCUUGAAUUGGGAAAAAACCUAUCAUCCAGCCAUAAUUAUUGGAUUAAACACAUUUAUAUUCAUGUUGAUAUGGUACUUUGAGCCCUCAGUCCUUACCACUUUUGCCCUGCUGGGUUUGGCUGUGAGUCUCAUCGACUUCCUUGUGCCUAUGAUUGGUCCAAACUUUUUCGCAUCGAAAUGGACCGGUCGCCAGGAACAUCAGUACGAGGAGAUCUGUAAGCGAAUCAUGCAUUUUAAGUAUCAUUCAAGUAAUCUGAUGGAUUCUAUGGUUUCCCUGAAGACAGAAAGGCCCAAAACAUAUUUCCUCAUUGUGAUGGGAGCACUGGUGUCUAUGGCUUGGAUGGGCAGUAGAAUGGACAAUCUCUUACUUACCUAUUUCCUACUCACCAUUCUGAUGUUGGUGCCAGGUAUCCGACGCCACGGCGUCCUGCAGAAGUACUUCUCGCGCGUGUUUGGUGUUGUCACAUCACUUGUGAGAGGAAAAGCCAAGAAGUUCAAGUCGAGUUAGACUGCUGGGUGGUCGUCGUCACCGCCCCCUUUCGUCCAAUCUAACCCACUCAGUACAUUGCCAGCUUAACAGUAGGACGGUCGUCUUUGAGUAAUCUUCGAGGAUCAGUGACCCCUGUUUACACUGCGUCUUUAUAUAUGUAAAGGAGAUUUGCUUUUCUUUUUUCUUUUUUCUUUAUUUAAGUUUACAUUUUGUUUGAAACUGUGAAAGCUAGAAAAGUGCUUUUGGGUCAAGAGGGGAUCAAGAGGAGUAAACAUUGUUUUUAUAGGAAAAAAGAAAAAAAAUGAAAACCUUGAUGGGUUUGAUAAUAUCAAUCUGAAUCCAAACCUAAUUUCAGUUAGGGCUGUUCCAAAAUUAAUGGUAUGGGAGGGGUGGGGUGG